UUUUGUUCUUUGAUCAUCUACUAAUUAUACAAUCAAGGGUAAAUGCAAAUAAAAUGUUUGCACACCUUCAGUUGUUUACUAUUAUUCUUCAUCACAAUUAGUCAUUUAGUAAUUAUCCAAUUUUAGUUUUAAUUAAUUACAUAAUUCAGAGAAAAACAAACAAUAUCUGUGUUAAGAAAUGAUCUUUUUUUAGAUGGAUUUAGAAAAACUGUAAACAACAACAAUUAAUGACUUUCCUUUCAUAUUUUUUUCGCAUAAUUAAGUGACUUAACUAAUCAAAAGGAGUUAAUUAUUAAAGGGUGGGCCUUAAGAAAUAUCUUAACCAAUCAAAGCUCUUUUUUCAUGCACCAGCAGAGAAACUGAAAUUAAAUGAGUAAAAGACAUCUUUAAAAAGACUGUUUUUUUAAACAAAAUCUCAUUACAACUCUUUGAAUGAUAUAUUUCAAAUUGUGUUUUACAAACAUUUUGUGUUAAAAUCAUAGAAUUUGUGUUAAUUUAAAGGAAUAAUUUCUUAAGUGUGUGUUGAUAAUGGAAUCACUGUGUCAUAUUCUGUGUGUUAGAUGUUACUCUGCCAUUGGCAAGGACAAUGAAGUGUUGCUAUGCAGCAGCUGUAAACUGUGGCAACAUAGAAAAUGUAGCCAAGAUGUUUCACAGAACUUCUACCUGGAAUUUUACCUGGCUACAGUCCUUGGUGAGAAACCUGCACCAUGGACGUGUCAUUACUGCAGUCAAUACCAACAGAUGGUCAAGCAUGAACGACUGUCACCCAGUAAGGGCACCAACACCACUCCUGAGAAGAACCUGAACAGCUCCCUCCUGCUGCCACCAAAUCCACCAGCAUCCCUUGCCAGUGACAACAACAGUGGAUAUGACUCUGACAGCAGUAGUUUCGACGAGUUUAGUCCAAACUGUGAGAUUCAGCGUGUUGAGAGGGAAGGCCCUGCAUCACUACCGGUUUCCGUGACAACCAGUGCCGACAACCAAACAAUCCCAGUACCAGUUGGACACAAGGUGAUCAUCAACUCCCAGCCAAUAUUCUCUGAUACUUCUAGAGAACCGACCCUCUACACCCUUUACCAAACAGCCAAUGGUCAGAAGGAGGUGAUCGACAGUGUUGGGAAUGUGUUCACAUCAACAGAGGUAAUAUGUGGUGCAGUAGCCUUAUACCAGUGUUCUACAGCUAACUGUGGGUUCAAGGUCCGGGCCUGUGAAACAAUCCAGGAAUUCCUCAGUGCCGGCAGUCAGAGUACUGAAGAUCACAAUCACAACAGUGUUUCUGCUGCUGCUACGACUGGAAACACCGCCGCCGAUAAUGACAGCGACAGUGAUACCACUUAUACCGAAGACGAAAGAUCCUUCAUACUCCCGGACAUCACUGCUACACCAUUCAAUACGCCCGCUAGAAGAAAAUGUGUGUCUACAAGGUUCUCCGACAGCUACUGUUCUGACAGCACUGAUGACGAGGACUCAAACCCGUUACCACUUCCUACGUCAAUACAGAGGUUCUCUGCCCUGAACCACCCAACUCCAAGAGUUUCUCUGAAUGUCAGUUUCUCCAGUGACAGUGACUCUGACGAUGACUGUGCAAUUAGUGUACUCUGUGACCUUCUCAACAAUUCUAGUGAUGAAGACAUUGACCGUAUCCCACCUUCGCCUACCUCUACUAUUCCAGCUAUGGAUAGCUCGGACAGUUCUGAUAGUGAGAAUAAUAGUGUCGCCAUGGCAACCACAUUCCAUGUAACCAAGGGAACCAGCAGUGGCGAAAGGGCUCUACUCACAGACAGUCUUGGAUUCACCUACAAUAUUAAGUUUAAGCUUGAGACACGCACGUUUUGGUGUUGUACUGAGAAGUCCAGGAGUUGUCCAGCUUCGGUGAUUCAGAGCACGAGUGGUCACUUCACCAUGGGAGUGGCAAGUCACAACCAUCUCUCCAUCCAAUUGAGAAUCCACAUUCCCUCCUUAACUCCACCCCCACUUCUGCUAGACCAAUCACAGCAAGGCGCAGCAAGUUCAGACCACCUAUCAACCACUACAGAAUCCACUCCUACCUACAACAUGCCUGUUCUGAAGCCUGAAACCAAUACACCAUCCCCAGUUUCCACUGAUCCUAAUGAACCAGAGCCAGAAACCAACAUUGUUGUCACAGAACCCGACGAAGAAACAGUCUUCCAUGAGAUAGAGGCAUGUCUCCCUAGACAGAAGAAACCAGGCUCACUUCUAGUGUCGUCUGAUGGAUUCAUUUUCCAAACUAAGAUUGAAGAUGCGUGUAACAACAAAACUUCCUGGCACUGUACUGAGACAGCCCCUAAUGGUACUAAAUGUGAAGCCAGCGUAGUGUUUGAAUAUUUACAACCAUUCAGUCAUGAUCCUGCCACUGGACGUACCUGGCUUGUUAAUCGAGAGAAUGGUAGAUGCACAGGCCACCAUAAUCACACUGCUAACCACUGCGCUGUUGUACUGGCUAAAGUCAGAAUGAUGAUCAGAAGAAAAAUUUUUCUCUAUGGUGUGCUAGAUGAAGUCCCUAACACCCUGAUUCCUAACAUCUUCAAAAGCCUUGACUACGAAGGACUCACCUAUCUUGACAGUAUUGGUUCUCCCGUUCUAACAACUGCUGACAAGGAUUAUCUCCCUUGCAGUCCCGUCCAAAUACAAGUUUUGAGGAGAUUUGUUUCUAGACAGAAAGUGCUAUACAGGCAGGAGAAGAAAAACAACGAACAUUCUCAGAAGUUGUAACUGUUUACAUAAAUGUUGAUACUGUGUGACUUGUGGAAAAAUAUCUUUAUCAAAUACAUCUCGAACUGUACAAAAAUUUUCAUAUAUCUGUGAUGGUUAAUACUGAAAUUAUGAUAAUUAAAAUGAUUUAUAAAAUUUGUUCAGGGAAGGGAAGAUGUGUUCUUAAUGGGGACUAUCAAAAAAGGACUCUGUAGUGUAUAAAAUGUGCUAACUGGAAGUGCUCAGAGCUUGUAUUCAUCACUCCUUUAAUUAAUUUGGAUUUUAAAAGCAAAAGUUGUCAUUCAUUCUAUUCUUAUUAAAUAAUACAUGAUUUUCAAAGAAACAUCAGAAGAUAUUUGCUAUCGUAGGAAAGACGACUAAAGUCAGACUCAAAACAGUGAAGAAUAGGGGAUGUAACUUAACUGCCUGAACUUUGCACUAACUUUGACAUUAUUUCUAAAUGACAUUCCAAUUUAUAUAUAUGCAAUAUAAUAUAGUUUUGACUUCAUGUGAGUAACAGUAAGCCACUUUCUGAUACUGUCAGUUUCAAUAUUGCAUUUUGUUAUGAUGUAAAUAACUAUUUAGUUAAGAUAUUUCUACUUAUAUGUAGUUUUAUUAUUAUUAAAUAAAUGGUUAAAAAAA